AUGGGGAAGACAAAAAAGAGCCGAUCCUCAAAUCCUUUAGUUUCCUCAUCUUUACCUUCUGAUAAUAGAAUUGACUUGACUCAAUUACUCACUAGUCCAACUGGAGCACCAUCAGAAGAUGAUGUCUUGCAAUUACUUUCCAACCGUUACAAAGCUGACUUACCUUAUACUCGUAUUAAUGCUUCGACUUUGGUCGUCGUCAAUCCUCAUAAACCACUGGAAUGCAUGAAUGAUGCCACCGCAAAAGACUAUGCAGAACAAUGGUAUAAAGAUACCUCAGGCAACAAGUCUUCAUUACAACCUCAUGUAUAUGAAUUGGCUGCAAGAGUUUAUUUACAUAUGCGAAGGUCGGCAGAGGAUCAAAGUGUUAUAUUCAGUGGUAUAUCAGGUUCUGGUAAAACUGCUAGCCAAUCACAUUUCUUGCAACAACUUUUACUUUUAUCUACUCACACGAAAAAAGAAUCAAAAAUUGCUUCCCUAAUCGAAAAUGCUCAAUUCAUCUUGGAAGCAUUUGGUAAUGCACAAACUGUACAAAAUCGAAAUGCAUCAAGAUUUGGCAAAUAUUUGGAAUUACAAUUCAAUGAACGAGGGAGAAUUAUCGGUGCAAAAGGUUUAACAUACGCAUUGGACAAAUCAAGAGUAACUGAGGUGCCACAAGAUGAAAGAAGCUAUCACGUAUUCUAUUACUUGUUAGCUGGCGCAAAUGCUGAGGAAAAAUCACAAUUUCAUCUUCAAGAUCCACAAAACUACUUUUAUCUAUCACAAUCGAAAUGUUUCCGUAUUUCAGAUGUCGACGAUACCAUUAAAAUGGAUGAUUUACGUGCUUCCUUGAAAACUUUAGGUUUUAAAAGUAAAACUGUCUCUCAAAUUUGGCAGCUCUUGUCUGCAAUUUUGUUGCUGGGCAACAUUGAAUUCGUAAAUCCAGGCAGAAAUGCACGUGAUGAAGCCGCCUCUAUCAAAAAUCAUCAUGUUUUGGAUUCUGUUGCUGAACAAUUGGGCGUCCCUUCAUCGAAACUAGAACAAACUUUAACAUAUAAAACUAAAUAUAUACGUAAAGAGCUGUGUACAGUAUUUUUAAAUGCCGAAGCUGCAGCUGAACAGAGAGACUCACUUGCACGUGCCUUAUAUUCUAUACUAUUCACCUGGAUCGUGGAACAUAUUAACUCUAAACUUUGCAAUUCGGAUGAACCCCCAAAUUUCAUUGGACUUUUAGAUCAACCUGGCUAUCAAAAUUUCACAAAAAAUUCUUUUGAACAAUUCUGCCUUAAUGUAGCCUCAGAAGAGAUUGAGAAUUUCGUAUUAAAGAAUCUAUUUGAUGAUACAAUUGGAGGAAAUGCUGAAAUAAAUCGCGACGGAGUUUCUUUACCUCGGGUUCUGACCAUGGAUAACAGUGGAUGUGUAGAACUUCUACGAGGUAAUGACUAUAUCACCUCCACCAAUUCAAACGCCAAAAAGACUGGUUUAGUAUCGAUUCUCGAUCAAGAAUCUUUUAAUGUACAAAACGGGCGAGAAGCUGGGGACGACGCAAACUUACUUUCGACUUUGCAGAAAACAUUUAGCUCUCAUUCAUCAUAUGUUGCAAAUGCUCCGAAUUCGAAAUUCUCUAAAGCAGGAUCUUUUGGAAUUAAUCAUUUCGCUGGACAAGUCAAUUAUUCAAUUGACAACUUUAUUGAUAAAAAUCUUGAUAAUUUAUCAACUGAUUUUGUCAAUCUUUUCCGCGAUACUAAUAAUCCAUUCGUCAGUAAAUUAUUUUCGGGCCCUGCUUUGGCAAUUGAGAAUCACCCAAGAAAUGAAAAAACCAUUGUUAUGGCUCAAUUACCCACAAAACCAAUGCGAGCUCCAAGUAUGAAAAAGAGAAAGACUCGAGAAACAACUGAUCUCGCUGCUACUAUUGAAGAAGAAAAAAGUGGUAAGAAGAAACAUUCUGCCGAAGUUUCAACAGUAAUCACUCAACUCUACGGUACCUUGAAUCAAUUAAUCGAGACGAUGAAUGAAACCCGUAUGUGGAAUAUUAUUCAGAUUCGUCCAAACGAUAAUCAUGAACCAAAUUCAUUUGAUAAUAAACGUGUUAAAGCACAAAUUCGUAGUUUCCUUAUACCAGAUAUUGUGAACCGUAAAAGAGUCGAUUAUACUGCUCAUUACUCUUAUUCGGAUUUCAUUGCUCGUUAUGAAUCAAUCUUUCAAUCAUAUAACUUGGAUCCUUCACGCAGUGACCGACAAAAAGUGGAAGCUUUUGUGACACUUAAAGGAUGGGGUGAAGGUGACAUUGCUUUUGGUAGACAAAACGUUUUCCUUUCAGACCCAACAUGGAAAGAACUAGAAGAUACUUUAAGAGCAGCUGAAAAAGAAGAGCGAGCUAGAGCAAAACAAACGAAAGACGAUGAAAGCUUAGCCAGUGGUUUUAAUGGUGGGGGCGAACGUCCUCGUGGUUUAGCUGCCGCUAGUGCGACAAGUUCAAUGGAUCGAUUAAUUCCUACCCAGCGACCUGCUUAUGGUAGUGAUUUCUAUGAUGAUCAAAGUUAUGCGGGAAGUGAAGAUGAAUAUUAUUCAAGGAGUGGAGGCAAUGCAUUUAAUGGCGAAGAGGAAGAAGCAAUGUGGGGUAGUCAAUGGGGUGGUAAUAGCGGUGAUGGAGCUACACGUGAUGGGGAUUUAAAGCAAGGGAAUGAAAAGGGUGCUGAAGAUGAUGUAGAAGAGGAGCUUCCCAUCACAAAGACGCGCAUCUGGUGGGUUCGAUUUGUCUGGUUUAUGACCUGGUGGAUUCCUUCAUUUUGUCUAUCGUGGAUCGGUGGAAUGAAACGUGCUGAUGUACAAAUGGCUUGGCGUGAAAAACUGGUCCUUUGCAUGAUAAUCUUUUUAAUGUCGGCCAUAAUUAUCUUUUAUAUUAUCUUUUUCGGAAAUCUCAUUUGUCCUGGUAAUGAUAAAGUAUUCAGUGCACAGGAAGUUGGGUAUCACACUGGUGACAAUGACUUUUGGGUUAGUUUACGAGGAAAAAUUUAUGAUAUUAGUAGUUUCUGGCAAAUGGAUCAUUCAGAUGUUUCUGGUUUUCCCGCCGCAUCUCAACAAAUGCAAGAUUUCGCUGGUACUGAUGUCACGCCAUUUUUCCCGAUUCCUAUCGCAGAAGCUUGCCAGGGACUUAAUUUAAAUGACCCAAACAAUAUCAUAAAAUUGCAGGUCAAUACAACCAACGCAUCACCAUUUGGUUUCAAACAUGAAUAUCCCAGUCGUAUUUAUCCAAAUUCAAAAUUGUCUAGACCCGAUUGGUACACUGGAACUUUUAUUCCACGCAUGAAAGGUUUCUAUAAGGCAGAUCUUGUUUGGGAUAAAAACGACAUUGCUGAUCAAGCUAGAACCCAAAAUCGUAAAUGGGCAAUAAUCAACAAGAGAGUCUAUGAUUUAUCCGAUUAUUUCACUACUCAAAAAUUCAACCAACAACAGAAUGCACCAGAAGGAAAUGCACCAUUGCCGAUCCCAAAUUAUCAUUUUUUAGAUAAUGACGUGGAAACUUUAUUUAAUAGUCUUCCUGGCCAAGAUAUUUCUAGUUAUUGGAGUCGUAUUGAUCCCACCACUCGAGCAUAUAAUUUGGCUUGUAUGGAAAAUCUUUUCUUCGUUGGUCGUAUUGAUUUCCGUAAAACAUUCAGAUGUCAAUUCAAUAAUUAUAUUCUUUUGGCCGUUUCUGUGAUCCUCAUGAGUGUCGUAUUAAUUAAAUUCUUGGCUGCAUUGCAAUUGGGCUCAAGAAGAAAACCCGAAGAGCAUGAUAAAUUUGUCAUUUGUCAAGUACCUUGUUACACUGAAGGUGAAGAUUCUCUUAAACGGACAAUGGAUUCUUUGGCUGCUCUUGUUUACGACGAUAAACGUAAAUUACUUUUCUUAAUUGCCGAUGGCAUGAUUAUUGGUUCUGGUAACGAUAGACCAACUCCUCGAAUCGUGCUUGAUAUUCUUGGAGUUGAUCCGAAGAUGGACCCGGAACCUUUAGCAUUCAAAUCGGUCGGUGAAGGAUCAGCACAAUUAAAUUACGGUAAAGUUUACUCUGGUCUAUAUGAAUAUGAAGGUCAUGUGGUACCGUACAUAGUGGUGGUAAAAGUGGGUAAACCAUCUGAACUAAGUCGACCUGGUAAUCGUGGUAAACGUGACUCGCAAAUUAUUUUGAUGGGAUUCUUGAAUAAGGUUCAUUUUGACUUGGAAAUGACUCCACUCGAAUUAGAGAUCUAUCAUCAAAUGAAGAAUGUUAUUGGCGUUAAUCCGACCUUUUAUGAAUAUAUUCUGAUGGUGGACGCUGAUACGGAAGUAUUACCUGACUCACUCAACCGCAUGGUAUCUUGUAUGCUUCACGACGGUCGUAUCAUUGGUAUUUGUGGUGAGACGACACUUAUUGAUGAGGAAGGAUCAUGGACCACUAUGAUUCAAGUUUAUGAAUAUUACAUUUCUCAUCAUUUGGCCAAAGCUUUUGAAUCGUUAUUCGGUUCAGUCACCUGUUUACCUGGUUGCUUCUGUAUGUAUCGCAUUCGUACACCUAACAAAGGAACACCGUUGAUUAUUUCCAAGCUAGUCAUUGACGAUUAUUCGGAAAAUCACGUGGAUACUCUUCAUAAAAAGAAUUUGUUGUCACUUGGUGAAGAUCGAUAUCUCACAACCUUAAUGAUGAAACAUUUCCCACAGUAUAAAAUGACUUUUACCCCAGAUGCUCAAUGUAAAACUGCCGCACCUGAUCGAUGGGGAAUCCUUUUAUCACAACGUCGUCGAUGGAUUAAUUCCACUAUUCACAAUUUAAUGGAAUUGAUGUUCUUGCCGGAAAUGUGUGGUUUCUGUUGUUUCUCGAUGAGAUUCGUGGUCUUUAUCGAUCUUUUCGGUACUUUGAUUCUUCCAUCAACUGUUGUUUAUAUUAUUUAUCUCGUUUACGCUGUCGCCACCAGGAAACAAACUCUACCAAUUAUCGCAUUAGCAAUGUUAGCAGCUGUAUAUGGUCUUCAGGCGGUUAUCUUCAUUUUGAAACGUCAAUGGCAACAUAUCGGCUGGAUGAUUAUUUAUUUGUUAGCUUUCCCACUUUUCUCCUUCUUUAUUCCAGUCUAUGCAUUCUGGCAUUUUGACGAUUUCAGUUGGGGUAACACUCGUAUGGUGGUCAGCGAGAAAGGCAAGAAGCAAAUUAUUAAUAACGAAGAGGAGAAAUUUGACGAAAAGAUGAUUCCAAAAAAGAAAUGGGCUGACUAUGAACAAGAAAUGUGGGAAGUAGGAACAACUGUGUCUCACGAGUCAAGAGUAUCGAGAGGAAGUGCUGCCUCAUAUCAUAGUCGAGGUAGUCAACAUAAUUACGAGACAGGUAGUCAGUACGGUAGUCAAUAUGGUGGAAGUCAAUACGGCGGCGGCGAUUAUUAUCGUGAUACAAAUCUCGCAUAUCGUGAUUCAAAUCUCGCAGCUUCUGGAAGACGUAAUAGAUCACGUUCACCUGUUCCAAAAUAUACUUCGGAUUAUCGUUCCUCACGAGCAUUUAGUAAUGUUGGGGGCGAUCAUAUCUCGGAACCACGAAGCUCGAUGCUUCUUUCUCGCGAUUUGGAAGCGCUGGCUUCAAGACCUCUAAGUUCAUAUUCUUCGCCAGCUGAUGGUCCAACCGACGAAGAAAUACUGCAGGAGAUUAGAAAUAUCUUGGCCAAUGCAAAUCUUAUGAGCAUCACAAAGAAACAAGUGCGCGAACAAUUAACUCAAGUAUUUGGUGUUGACAUGACUUCACGAAAAGAAUUCAUCAACAAUAGCAUUGAAUUAACCCUUCAGGACGUGUCAGUUAGUGAUAAUCAAACAAAAAACGACAAUAAUAUAUAUAAUAACCAGUUUUAUAAUGUAUCCGAUGGCGGUUAUUCAUCGUCUUCACACUCAGUAAACGAUUCACAAAUAAUAACAUACAAUGAAGGAAUCUCGGAUCCGCAGACGUCAAGCGAUGCGAAUUUCGCUGUUAACUUUUCUUCUUAUCAACCUAAUUAUCAAGACUCUGUCAACCACUCGAAUAAAAACAUGUACAUAGUAAAGGGUGAUGUGACAAAGCCAAUAACGCUUCCACCUCAGGCUGAAGAUACUUUAUCAGUUGACAUGUUAUCUCUAUAUGAGACACUUUUACCGACUGCUGAAAGUGCUAAACGUAGAGAAUACUUUGUAAAUAAAAUCGAAACUCUAUUGAAUGAUGAAUAUCCCGAACAUUCUAUUAAAGUACACCUCUUCGGUUCUUCGAUGAAUGAUCUCGGUAGUUCAAAUUCUGAUGUAGAUUUAUGCGUAACAACGGAGUGGAAUGGACUUGAGAAAGUACAGACAUUGGCAAAAGUAUUUCGGAGGCUGGGAAUGAAAAGAGUUAAUUGCGUACCAAAAGCAAAAGUACCCAUUGUUCGAUUAUGGGACCCAGAAUUACAUCUUGCUUGUGAUUUAAAUGUCAAUAAUACGUUGGCAUUACACAAUACGCGACUUAUCAAAACAUAUGUAAAUAUCGAUCCGAGAGUGCGUCCCCUUGCGAUGAUCUUAAAACACUGGGCUAAACGGAGAGCAUUAAAUGACGCAGCUAAAGGCGGCACACUCUCCACCUAUACCUGGACUAUUAUGAUUUUAAAUUUUCUUCAAAUGCGGGAACCUCCGAUAUUACCAGUUCUUCAUCAAAUAGAUACUGGUACAGAACAUACUUUCGUAGAUGGUUUCGAUGCAUCAUUUUAUGAUGAUGUUGAAUCCCUUCGUGGCUUUGGCGAUGCUAACAAAGAAUCAAUUGGUGGACUUUUAUUCGCGUUCUUUAGACGUUUUGCAUUUGAAUUCGAUUAUGAGCAUCAUGUCAUUUCAAUUCGACAAGGCAAAUAUCUAACCAAAGCAGAGAAAAACUGGGAUUCACGAGGCUGGCUACUGUGUGUUGAAGAACCCUUUAACACCGCACGAAAUCUUGGCAAUAGUGCGGAUGUGGUCACGGUUAAAGGACUUAUUGGCGAAUUCAAAAGAGCCUUUAAUAUUCUAUACGAUAAGGUCAGCUUGGAGAUUUGCUGUAGGCAAUAUUAUUUCCCGAAAUUUGGUCACAAUCAGCAACCCCUACAACUAACACAACGCAGCUCUUGGAACAAUUACAAUAAUAAAUCAUCCUCAAACGGAAAAAGGGAAACUACUAAUAAUUAUUCGAAUGUGAACACGAAGUAUCAGAAUAAUGGACAUUCAAUCGGAGGCUCGGGAGAUAAGCGUGGUGGUGGAGGAAAUAAUUACAAUGGUCAAAAUUAUGUACAGUCUAAUCCCAGACGGAUAAAUGAUUAUAAAAAUAAUGGGCGCAUAAAUGGAGGACAAUUUAAUAAUAGCAAUAGUAGUGUUAGUGGUUUUCAGAGUAAUGAGCAUGUAAAUAAUGAACACACAAAUGGACAAUAUAGUAAUGUACGCAAGAAUAAUACGAACGGUGGUCGUAUUAAUACUGGACAAUAUAAUAAUAAUGGAAGAGGAGGAAACCAUAACGAUAACAGACAUGUGACUGAUGCGAGCAUUAGCCCUGAACAUUAUAAUAUUAUUCAGAGUAAUAUUAACAAUGGCAUUACUAUUGGCCGUUAUAUUGGUGGUGCUGAGAAUAAUGCGCAUGUUAAUGACGGACGCCUUUAUUAUAGCAUAACAGAUAGCGAAGAUUUACAAUGCAAUAACAAUAAUCCUCGAAAUUUAGUUAAUGAAUAUUCAAUCAUAUCACAGGAUGAUGCACGAUUGAAUAAUAACAAAAAUAGAGAUAGUCAGUACAGCACCAGUAAUACAGAUUCAAGCCAAUUCACACACACAGGUCCUGGAUUGUCCUCAUACGAAUUCCAUCCUUCGCCGAAUGGUAGUAGUGCUGAUUGGCAUAGUAUACACAGCAACAGCACGGAUAAUAUCAAUAAUAGUGGGAGGAGUAACUCGGUUAAUAGUUCCGAAUACAGUCAUAAUCUUCAUUUUUAUGAUGAUGAUGCUUAUAAUAACAAAAAUAUGACUUCUGAGGAGCUUAUAAAAAUGGAAAAUUAUACAAAGAAACAGACUUUUCAGUCAAACUCUAAUAUAAUCAAUAAUAAUGCACGUAUAGAUGAGAAUCAGUAUUUGUCGGAUGUUGUUGAAGAAUCUGUGCGUUUAUGGGUGAUUAAGUCACCAGAUAAUUCAAUAUCAGAUAACAACAACACGGAUGUAAAUAAGUUCAACAAUGACCAUUCUACUUAUCAGCCACAGCAGAAUCGUGAAAAAGUACUUCAAGUUGCAAAUGUACACAUUCCACCAUCUCAACAAUCAUUAUCACCAUUGUCUUCGCAACAACAGCGUGGCCAUCAAUCCCAACACCACCACCCACUGCAAAAUGAGCAGUUAGGUUUUUCACCUCCAUCAUCGUCUAAAAAUUUACAGAAUGGACAGCAACAGCAAUCACGCGGUAAUGACGGCGGCAUUGCUGCUACUUAUCAACCUAAACAGCGACCACAGCAGAGUAAUCAAAUAAAAAGACAGAAUGCUCAUCAACAACAAUAUUAUCAUGGAGUUGGAACCCAACAAUCCCAACAAAUAAUGCAAAUUCCCAAGGAGUCAUCUUCACAUUAUUCACAACAACCGCAAAAUGAUCAAGGUUUUCCGACACCGAAGGAAUCAUAUUCACAGCAACCUCGUGGUAUCGGUGUUGUACAAUAUCAAAAGCGACCACAAAAUGAUCAGUUAUCGCCUAAAAAUUUACAAAAUGUGCAGCAGCAACCACGUGGUGCCCAAUCACAAAAGAGAUUACAAAAUGAUAAAUUAUUGUCCAAAAAGGUGCAACAUACGCAGCGUGUUGCUCAAUCUCAAUUGCGAUCGGAAAACAAUCAACAAUUAGUUCCAACUCCAAAAGAGUCGCAGCAACAUGUACCGCAAUCUCGUGGUUCAGGUCAAUCCCAGCAGAGAUUGCAAAAUGUCCAGCUAGUUUUUUCAACACCGAAAAAGUCCUCGCAUAUUCCGCAGCAAUUUCGCGGUAGUCAACAGCAACAACAACUACUGCAUAUUGAUCAAUUGGGUUUUCCGUCACCUAAAAAAGUGCAGCAAUCCCACAUCGGAUCUCCUCUUCAACAACAGCUGCAAAAUGACCAAUUAUUAUUCACAACUCUAAAGGAAUCACAGCAUAUGCAGCAAUCUCAUCCUGUUCAGUCCCGACAGCGACCACAUAACAAUCAAUCGUCUUUCCCGUCCCAAAAUCGUGGUAAUGGUGGUGGUAAUGUUCAAUAUCAUCAACAGUCGCAAAAUGAUCAAUUGCAAAACUAUCAAAUAGUGUUUCCAACUCCCAGAGAAUCACACGUACAACAAUCUCGUAAUAUCCAGUCUCAACAGAGAUUGCAACAGCAAAACCCAGGUCCUCCACUGAUUAAGGAAUCAUCACAUCAUCAACCACGUACCAAUGAUCAAUUUCUGCAGCAGUCACAAACCGAACGAACUAGUAAUUUCGAUUUAGGUUUCCCGACACCGAAAGAGUCGUUGCAUGCGCAACAACAGCCACGUAACAACCAGCCACCUCUUCAACAGCCUUAUCAACCAAGAAACAAUAAUAAUGACGAUGAUUACGCAGGUAUCCAGUCUCAAAGAAUGCAACCGAAACAGAAAAAUAUAAAGAAAUGA